AUGGCGGGAGGUCAACCAGGUUCCAACUCGCGUGGCCGAGGCGGCAAGUUUAGAAAGUUCACCCGAGGAGGAGGCAAGCAUUUCUCGCGUGACCUUCGGCCGGUCGACGCCGAUGGAAAUGAGAUAAGCAUGUGGAGCGCGGAUGCAAAGAAGGACUCUGGUAGUUCAGACGAAGAAGAAGACUCGGAAGAGGACGAGUCUGAGGAGGAGGAGGAGGACUCCGACGAUGCCGGUCCUUCCCAGACCAGCGCCGCUGCCCUGAGCCGUGAGGAGCGCAAGAAGGAGAAGAAGGCGCGCAAGGACGCAGCCGUCGCCCGCGCCCGCGGCCAGGCCGUCCAGGUCGGCGAUCUGCCCCCCAGCGACUCGGGCGAGGACAGCGACGACGAUAUGCCUGCCAAUCCGAACCACUCUCGGGCCGCGCGCAACCAGACCAAGGUCAACAAGGCCGUCGAUGAGACGGCCGAGGGCGUCAAGGCUAUGAAUGUGAGCACGCCAAACCGUCGCGAGCGAGAGUCGAUGGAGGCGCAGCUUGCCAAGGAGAGAUAUCAGAAGCUGCACGAGCAGGGCAAGACCGACGAGGCCAAGGCCGAUCUGGCCCGCCUCAAGAUCAUCCGCGAGAAACGAGCGGCCGAGGCUGCCAGGAAACAGGCCGAAAAGGAGGAACGCGACGCUCGGGAGCAGGAGAGGAGAGCCGAGUUGGAGGCCAAGGAGGCGAAGAAGCGCGAAGCGGCCAUGGGGCCCAAGGCGAAAGGCAAGAAGGCCAAAUAG